UCAAGAGUAUCGCUUAGUUCAAUGAAAAAUAGCACCAGAUUACAUUGUGAAAAUACACAAUAGACCGCCAAAAUAUCACAUGAAUAUGUUCUGCAGAGUUGGUGGGGACCUCCUGACUUAUUCUUCAGCUGUUGGUGUUCACUUUCCAUCAAUUCGCAGGAGUGUACUCCAAAAGAGUGAUCGCGAAAAAGAUGUCAAGUGUACAUGUGAAUUGUGGAAAUUCCUACCCAAAUUCCUAGAAUUGUCACACAAUCGGAAUUAUAACUGCCAAUACAACAAAGGUUUUGAAGAGGUAUUUAAACCAGAAUGGUGUUAAAAAAUCACAUAUCUAUUUUAUGCGAGGCAUUCUCAAAAGCUGAAGAAUCUCGUUAUAAAAGUGGACAUUUCAAUGAUUGAGAGUUGAAAGUAUACAAAGUUAAUUUUCUGCUAUGACCAAGGGCAAACAAUUCAGUCUUGUUAAGAUGAGCUUCUUCCUCUGGACAAUUUUUGUUUGUAUUGUGCCUUUGGCUAGGUCUAUAGGAAAUGUUAGAAGCUACUCCUGUGGACCAUUAUAUAUAACUGUAUCAGCUAGUCCUAAAUCGUAUAUUGUACUUAAUUGGCAAUUCACUUGUCAAAAUCCACCUGAUACUCUAUUGCUGCUAUUGACAGAUUCCAGGUCCUAUGAGCAAAUUCAUGACUCAGUAGAUGUUAGAGACAAGAGGCAAGGUACUUACAGAACCAAAUACGUUUUUCCAGACGAACCAGAUUUUCCUGGAGGAUGGAACAAAUUGGAUAGCGGUCCAGAUCUGGAUGCUAAUUGUCUACCUCUAGUUGUGGAAAGCCUAAGGGAGGGAAGUUUGGUAGACAGAAAAUGCUUGGAAAUUCAACCGACUUGGAUGUCAAGAUAUGGCAAACUCCGAUUGGGAUCUUUGAUGAUUCCAGGCACCCACAAUUCAGGAAGUUGGAGAGGUCAACCCUUCCUCAUAAAAAAUUACAUACUCUGCCAGGAUAGAAACUGGUGGCAGCAACUCGUCUUUGGCAUCAGAUAUUUUGAUGUUAGAGUCGGAAUUUUCGAAAACAAUGAAGUUUACCUCACGCACAGCGUUGCCAGAUGUACGCCCUUCGAAGAUGAGUUAGAUCAUGUGGUGGCUUUCCUCAAAAAGUCUCCUAAGGAGAUAGUCGUCUUAGAUUUUCAUUCAUUCGAUAGUCCUUUGAAUUUUACUCUCGACAACCACAAGCAUUUGCUGAAUAUUGUGAAGAGAAAGUUUGCUAAGUUUAUAUAUCCAAGACAUGAACUGUACUAUGACGAAGGGCCAACUUUGGAUGAAGUUUGGGCUAGUGGAGGAAGGGUUAUAAUAAGCUACAAUAACAGGAGAAUUGUGAACGACAACCAAUGGCUAUGGUAUGAAGUCAGCCGAGACUGGCCAAACGUCAUAUCAACUGAUAAACUACAAAAAUACGUACACGACAAAAGCAGCCGAAAGCAAUAUGGCAACCCAAUGAGCGUGAUUAUGGCAGAACUCACCCCAACCAAAACCUAUGUUCUAUUCCACCCUACAGGAAGUUUAAGGAAGUUAGCAGAUGAAGUCAACCCUCAUUUAGGUUUUUGGCUGAGGUAUCAAAACCGAUCAGACAACAUCAACAUCAUCGCUACUGAUUUCUUCUUAGGCAACGAUAUGGUUAACCUUGCAGUGGAGACUAAUGAUCGAAAGUUGUUCAGGUUAUCUUGAAGAAUAUUUGAAUAGGCUGUUUGACAGUUUAAAAAAUAGUUUCCUCCAAGAUUAGAAUUUUAAGAACAAUAUAACAAUAUUGUCAAAAAGAAUGUGUUAUAAGAUAUACAAAAAAGCUCUGAAAACUCUAAGAAUUAAUGUCUGUUGACAAGUGUUGAGAAAUACAUGAGAUUGGGCAAACCUGAUGACGUCAAUUUGAAGUUCCAUUUUCAUUUUCUGUCCUUUACGUUUGAUGUUUUACAGCGGAUUACAAAAUUUUCUUCAAUGAAAUAUGAUAUUUAUUCUAAUAGUUUCAACUGAUAUUCUCUGAUUUUCUCUGUAGGAAGGUUAUUGAACUAUAAAGCAUUUAAAACUAAAUUGUAUUUCAACCUCAAUCAAAUUGUAAGAAUGUAAUGAAUUCAAACAAUAUUAACAAUAAUAACAAAUACUUAUGAGUUUAUCACUUAUAUCAAAAUGAUCUUUAAAACAAAAAUUGUUGAAUCAAUAAUGAAAACAAAUGUUUUCGUAUAUGACACUGGAUUGUUAAUUCAUACAAUUGACGUCACUGACUCCAUACUGGAUGGAAUUGCGAUGUGGCGUUCUCUUUGAACAAUUUUCUAUGAGAUUUGAAAUUAACAUCAGGGAAUAUUUGAGAGGAAUUGAAGAAUUUGUCAAAUAGCCUAUUGAGUGAGAAAUUCUGUGUGAAAAUAACAAAUGUACAAGCUUUAAUUGUAAAUAAUAAUAUUACAAUAAAAUAAAAAGAAAAACUC